AGAAAAAAUAUAUAUAAAAACACAGGAUUUUUCAAGAUCGUGUCAGCCUAAUCAUGCUGGUGUUGAACCAAACAGACCUGACCCCAACUUCAUUAAUUCUUAAUGGAGUCCCAGGACUGGAAGACAUGCAUGUCUGGAUUUCCUUCCCUUUCUGCUCCAUGUAUGUGGUGGCUGUGGUUGGGAACUGUGGACUCCUCUACCUCAUCUGCUGUGAGGACUCUCUGCACAGGCCCAUGUACUACUUCUUGGCCAUGCUUUCCUUUACUGACCUUGUCAUGUGCUCUACUACAAUCCCCAAAGCCCUCUGUAUCUUCUGGUUUCAUCUUAAGGAAAUUACCUUUGAUCAUUGCCUGGUCCAGAUGUUCUUCAUUUACACCUUCACAGGAAUGGAGUCUGGGGUGCUCAUGCUUAUGGCCCUGGACCGCUAUGUGGCCAUCUGCUAUCCUCUGCGCUAUUCAACCAUCCUCACCAAUCCUGUCAUUGCAAAGGUUGGUCUCAGUACUUUCCUGAGAGCAGUGUUGCUCAUAAUUCCCUUGAUUUUCAUCACAAAGCAACUACCCUACUGUAGAGGCAAUGUAAUACAUCAUACUUACUGUGAUCAUAUGUCUGUUGCCAAGUUGUCCUGUGGAAAUAUUAAGGUGAAUAUCAUCUAUGGAUUACUAAUUGCCCUGUUCAUUGGGGGUUUUGACAUCCUGUGCAUCACAGUCUCCUACACCAUGAUCCUCCGGGCAGUGGUUAGCCUGUCCUCAAGAACAGCUCAGCAGAAGGCUUUCAGCACCUGUACGGCCCACAUCUUUGCCAUUGUUUUCUCCUACAGUCCAGCUUUCUUUUGUUUCUUUUCUCACCGCUUUGGGAGCCACAUAAUCCCACCAUCUUGCCACAUUAUUGUAGCCAAUAUUUAUCUGCUCCUGCCUCCCACUAUGAACCCUAUUGUGUAUGGAGUGAAAACCAAGCAGAUACGAGACUGUGUCAUAAGGAUCAUUUCAGGUUCUGAGGACUCAAAAUCCCACAAAAUAUGA